AUGAGAUCCGUUGGGGUGUUACUUCUCGUUGUGCUAGCUGCAGCCUGCCACGGUACGACAACCGACCGUGAGGAUAUUGCAGGAUCGAAAGACACCGCAUUGGCAACGUUCCUGCAACCGCUGGAGGCUAAGUUACGCGAGGAUCAAAUCAUCCCCGAGCGUCGUUCCAGAGAAUUAAGCUAUUUCGGCACUGGCUAUAGCUACCACCCGUACGGAGGUCAUUACAAUCCGUUGUAUUCGCCGUACAGUCAUCAAGGUGUAUACAGUCCUUACAAUAGUCCUGCCUAUGGUUUCGGCGGUACCCUGAACGGAUACGGUGGUGGGGCUGCAGGGUUCGGUGGCUUUGGAGGAGGGAAUGGUGCCUUCCUAGGCACUGGAGCUGGUGGAUAUCCCGGAUCGCAGUUCGGUUACUCCGGGUUUGGCCAGGGUACGGGAGCGUAUCCUUACGGUGGCGGGUUUAAUGUAGGCCAAAGUCCGUACGGUGGUUACGGCAGUCAGCUCGGAGGGUAUUACAAUCGAGGACUGUACGUUUGA